UCUCCUUUUGAGCCUGGAAACGACAAGAAUCUGGAAGCUCCUCUGCUAUAAAAAGAGCAGGUAGCAAGAGAAAAGGACUUUUGUAGUUGUAGGAAAAGCUCAUGCUCAUAAAUAUAUAGCUGAGGCCAGCAGUGUUUAGGCUUUUUUCUUUCUUUACACACUCGAUCGGAAUUAAUUGUUGCAGAAAGCUAGAGAGAUGGGGAGAGAGUCAUGGGCUUCAGGUAUGGAAGAAGUGACGACGAACAACGACAUGAACAUGAACAUGAAGCCUGCAUGGCUGGAAGGGCUGAUGGCUGAGACAUUCUUUGGCGCCUGUGGGGUCCACGAUAAUCGCAGGAAGAACGAGAAGAACGUCUUUUGCUUGCGCUGUUGUCUUAGUAUUUGCCCCCACUGCCUCUCUUCUCACCGCUCUCACCCUCUUCUCCAGGUGAGACGAUAUGUUUACCACGACGUCGUUCGAUUGGGUGAUCUCGAGAAGCUCAUUGACUGCUCAUCUAUUCAGCCGUAUACCAUAAACAGUGCCAAGGUUAUAUUCUUGAAUCAGAGGCCACAGUCUAGGUCUUCCAAGGGCUCUGCCAACAUAUGCUUUACUUGUGACAGGAUUCUCCAGGAGCCAUUCAACUUCUGUUCACUCUCAUGCAAGGUUAACCAUAUGGUGUACCGGGGAGAAUAUCUAUCUGGCAUUUUGUAUCGGUAUGAUGAAUCCGAUUUUGCAAUUUCGGAAUUUGAGGGAUUACGCAUGGAUGGGUCGGAGAUCAUUGAUGAUGAUGGCAUCCUAGAAGAUCAUCCAUCUCAAUACAUAGGUUCAUCGUGCUCCAAUGAGGAGGCAACGAGCAAUUCGGUAAUUCCACGUGAGCAACCGGAGGUGGUGAAGAAGAAGAAGAAAGGUGGCUUCCUCCCCGGGAUUGUUCUCUCUCUCAGCAGCAGGAGAAAGGGAGCUCCUCAGAGGGCUCCUCUUUCUUAAACUUUGGAAAUUGAAGAGAUAGGGAAUUAAAAUUUAAUUAUAAAUUAGUACGUACUAAAUGUAAUAAUUAUAGAUUAUUAAUUAAUUAGGUCAAAUUAACGCUGGUCGUCGAUCGUGGUUGAUAUUUAUCCUAUGCUAGUGUUUGUUUGUAUUGAGUUUGAGUGUCCUUAAUUUGCCACCGGAAUUAAUGUGCAUGGGGCAAUUCCGUUACUCACCUUAGGUGGUUGAAGAUGGACUGAAUCUCAAGGCUAGCCUCUUCAGUCUUCACUCCCACCAAUUUUGUAUCCGGCCAUGUAAUGGAUUUUGCCACUGUAUAUGCUAUUUAUCUGACAUAAAACCUUUUGUCUUAUAUAUAUAUAUUAUUUUCUCCUUU